AUGGCUCCUACAAAGCCCAGGAGGUCUCGAAAACGCGCUCCGAGCAAAGCAGAGUGGGAUCGCAUCAAGAAACCAUGGCACCAGUUGUAUAUCCGCGAGAAGCUUCCCCUGUCCGAGGUAUCUGAGCGACUGGCACGAGACCACAACUUUGAAGCAGGAAGGCUGUCCAUGUUCAAAACCCGGAUGAAGAAUCUGGGGACAAGGAAAAACUUCAAAAAGGAAGAAUUGGGCGCUGUCGCAAACGUUCUCGGGAUCUUUGUGCAGGCUGGCCUGAGAACGCCGACCGCCAUUAUCGAUGGCCAACCAGUUCCGAUACAACGUGUUAAACGCCAUUUCAGCUACCUGUUCCCGCGCGAUACCUUGCUCAACUCGAAAACUGCAGGGUCUUUUCCACAGACAGCCUAUCUGCACUCUCUGACGGGUCCCCUAAACCAAAACCAUGGAACAGAAGCCGAGCGCAGUGGCCAAGUACUGACUAUGCCAACGAUCCUUUUAAAGCAGUCUGAAGAUAUGCAUGAUCUCGAAUUGACGUUGAUUCAACUGAACAAUUACUACGCGUGGCGACUCCAGCAAAGCGAGGAUUACUUCAGACAACAGGUGUCCAGGGCCGGACAUUAUGUCGAGCCGGAUAGGCCAUAUAUAGGCCAACUAUCUGAAUCUAUCGUUGUUAUCAGACGUGCGCUCAUCCACGGGGGACUUCGCGUCGGCCAGGCAGCGAUGAGAGAUUUUUGCACUCGAGCAGCGGCAUCACUCAGAGAACAGCAUCCCGUGUUGCCCACAAUUUUGGUGCGUAACGGCCUUAACCAUGCAGGCGGUACCAUUAGUCAAGGAAUCUGCGAAAUAAACUCCUGCCUGCUCAUUCUGGCCAAACGUCUUCUUCAACCCAACCAUCCCAUAUCAAUGAUUCUAAAAGUGAUUCAAAACUCCAAGGCACAACAUAUGCCCUCGCGGCUCCUGCUGAAUGUGUGCUACGACGUUGCCCGGAGACAACUGGAGCACGACUCCGGGCUGGUUUUCCAACUCGACCAUGGCAUGACCAGGACUACAGCCUCGCGUGCGGAUUUCGAAACAGCAUCCCAAUGCUGGCUUUCUUUACUGCAGCGUACCGGUGACAAAGUGGGCCAGAAGCAUGUUUACUACAGAACGGUGCUGUAUGAGAUUGGACAACUGAAUUAUCUUCAUGGUCUCGACGAGUCGGCGUCAAAGAUUUUGCUGCAAUCCUUGGAGCUAGAUGAUCAGCCCACUCAAGGUAAUUCGGCGUCGCUUUGGAUCACCGCGUCCUCCAUGUUGCUCCUCGCAGACAUUUGCGAGGUCGCAGAAGACCUCUCGGGGGCAGAGGAGUGGUAUCUCAAGGCGUACAAUAUUGCUUGUCAGGUCUGUGGCCCAGAACAUCAUGAUUCAUUAGAUAUUUUGUACCAUCUUGAUCGGGUGCGGGCGAUAUCAAAAGGAGAGGGGGCCACGGUGUCUGAGGUUGGUGAUGCAGAAGAUGAAGACGUGCUUGACCAGCUUCAAAUGGAGCUCAGGCUCAAGUUACAUGCUGAGCCGUGGAAUGAUUGGGACAAUGAUGCCUCUGGUGUGGAAAGCAACGCCAGUCUCUCAGACCGUGAAGAUAUUGAGGAAGGAGUCACGGCGAUCGACAAGACGCUCAACCAGGACGCCCACCAGAAUUCCCACCAGAUUUUCCACCACCCAAGCGAAGCUACAGACUCAUUUAAGAAUCCACCUGUCAUACAGUCAUCCUGGGACAUUGAGAACGACCUUGAAUCUUGGGCAGAGCAUGAAUCAUCAGAACACGCAGAGGGUCUGGAAGUCGCCCCACAGGAUGGAGAUUUUGAAGCAUUUGACCAGAAUGAACUGGGUUCCAUGUCAAAGUGGUUGACUGAUGCACACGGCGUGAGUGAUGGAACUCUCCCAACAUUCGUACCUGAGGAUCUUGCUCUCCCACUGUCGCUACCUGAAAAUGGGCAAGAUUUCGCGACCACUAUGCCAUACACUGAGGCUCUCCUCCCAACUCUCGGCAACGACAUCGAGUUCCAGGAAUUCGACAACGUGGGGAGUACCAACUGCAACUUUGACACUGACCCAAUGAUCCUCGACCCAGAAGGCGACCUCAGCACCUUCGACCUUGGCUUCUUUAACGAUAUCGACCUGCAAGCAUACGACGCCAUACAAGAUCAAGAUCAGGAUGUCCACGAGGGGCAAGAUUUCUUUACCUUCUAA